AUGGAUUAUGUUAUAGCUGCAAGCAAAUAUGCACUAGAGAAAGAUUUUGUCAACCCUGUAUUUCAUCAUAUUUUAAACAAAAUAAAGGUUGGACAAGUGCCUUAUAAAAAUUUAUUCAAUUUCAAUUAUCUUGCAAAAGGUGGUUUUAGCACAUUAUAUAAAGCAGAAUGGAUUCAAGUUCUUCGCAUAAAUAUGGACGAUGUUGAUUCAUGUCAUCCAAGUCAUGGAGGAUUUGGUCAGAUAUUUCAUCAUUUGUUUCAUUCGUUGCCUAAUAUAGAUACAGACAAUUAUUCAAAAAAGAAAAAUGGUGAUAGUGAUAAUUUCGAUUAUAAAAGAGCUAAUAGAUUUGGAUCCAUAUAUGCAGGAAGAUAUCUGGAUUACUUGACAAUUUUAAAAAAUAUGUUUGUUAUAUUAAAAUAUUUAGAUAAUUCAAAUUUCACAGAAGUAUUUUUACAAGAGUUAGAUAUAUUGCACAAUAUAGCAGUCGGUUUAAAAAUAAUUCACCAAGAUGGACUUAUUCAUAAAGACCUCCAUCCCGGAAAUAUAUUAAAGGACGACUUUUCAGAUUGCUAUAUUGCUGAUUUUGGAUUAUGUAAACCUGUUGAUGAACAGUCUGUAAAGCAAGAUGAUCAAAAAAUAUAUGGUGUUUUACCUUACGUUGCCCCAGAAGUAUUGAGAGGCAAAGUUUAUACUCAGGAAUCGGAUAUUUAUUCCUUUGGAAUGGUAGCAUAUGAGAUCGUUUCCGGAUUACGUCCAUAUCAUUUUUUACCUCACGAAGAUUUUCUUGCUGUUAAAAUUUGUGAAGGGGUUAGACCAAAGUUUGAUGAUAUCAAAAUACCACCAUUUUUAGAAAAUUUAAUUGACCAAUGUUUAAAUGCAGAUCCAUUAAAAAGACCAUGA